ACAUCAGUCAUCAGUCUAUUUAAAGAUCUGUUAUUGUUUUGUCCAAGUUGUGGAAGUGUUUUUUUUACUUAAGAUGUUUAGCAGGAAAGAUCAAUUGAAUAAAAAAACAGGAAUAGACGGCGUGGGGCGCGAAGCGUUUCUGAAACAGCUGACAACCGAAUUUACCACAACAAGAUCGUAUGAGGCCAAAAAGCAGACUUUAGCGAAUCUGGCCAAUUUCGCCUACGACCCCAUCAACUACGAGUACAUCAAGCAGUUCCAUAUCAUCGACUUGUUUUUGGCGCAACUAUCUGAAAACGCCGAAGAACUCAUCCAUUACGCGCUGGCUGGAUUAUGUAAUAUUUGCUGUGAUCCUGAGAGUAGAGACUACAUAAUCACUCUGAACGGAGUGAAACUGGUUGCUCAAUUCUUAUGCCACCCGAAUGAAGAAAUCGCUCUAAACUCCUUGACCACGCUGUUCUACCUGCUUCAAGGACAAGGGGAAAACGAACUGUCCGAAGAUCUCCAGUCCAAAAUUUCCGAGUAUAGCACACACUCAAACCCCAGAUUUCGCAACUUGGGAGUUCUCUUUCUGGAUACCUACGGCCUUCCUCAGGCUCAGCAGUAAUGCUGAGAUCUUCCUUUAGACGAUACUGCCAUGAGGCGGCUAAAAAAUCCUUGACAAUUGGCGAUCGCGCCUCAAUUACCAAGAAGAUCACUCCCGAGGACCUUAGAAAGUUUAUGGAGCUUAGCGGGGACCGUAACCCCGUUCACACUCAACAGAGACCGAUAGCACAUGGAGCAUACCUAAAUUCGCUAGUUUCUGCGGUGAUUGGCACCAAACUUCCAGGUCCUGGUACUCUGGUCGUAAAGCAAACUUUGAACUUUCCCAACAAAUGCUUCGUACACGA